AUGACAGUCGAGAAAAUCUUUGAGAAGAAAUAUGGAAGAGAAUUUGUAUCCGCAGCUAGUGAUCUAAGAGCCAACUGUGGAGUGAAUGCUAAGAUGAUUGAGAAUCUCUCUACCAAAGCCCCUAGUGGUGAAGCGAAGUUGAAACUCAUGAAGGAAAUAGCCAAAGAGUAUCGGGUCAAAUGGGAUGUAACAAAGUAUGAAAAGGAGCUUUUCGAGCCUACAAAAGAGCUUAUAGAAGGACCGAAUACAUUUGUUAGUGGUGCCCCAUUACCUAUGCAAUCUGUUCAGUUAAAUAAGGUCGAGAAAACAACUAGUGGAGAAAGGGAAAACAUGCAUUUUCAAGACGCACCAUCAGCCGCGGAAGCAGCUGCAAGAUUUGCUAGUGAGGCAAUGUCUGCUGCACAAGCUGCUGUAGUUCUUGCCAAUCAGGCAUCAUCACAAUCACCUCAACGUGUUGAUAGUAGUCAUAGUACUAUAUCCAAGACUCGAAUUAUUGACGAUCACGAAAGAUUAGCUCUUGCUAGUGAUGAUGAAAUGUUUGGACGUUUUCAGAAGCUGAAGUUGCGCAGAUGA